GUCAAAAUAUUGGUUUGGAAAAUUUCAGGUUAUUACGUAGUUUUGAUCUUUUAAUGGCAUCUUUUCCUCUCCUUCAAGUGUUGUUGAAAUGUCGAUUUACGAGGAAGCGCUGCGGGACGAAGCAGCCCCUCAAAGUAUUGGUCACUGGCGCAGCAGGGCAAGUUGGCUAUGCUUUAAUCCCAAUGAUUGCUAGAGGGUUGAUGUUAGGCCCUGACCAACCUAUAAUUCUGCAUAUGCUCGAUAUUCCGUCUGCAGCAGAAGCCCUAAAUGGUGUCAAAAUGGAGCUAGUAGAUGCCGCAUUACCGCUGCUAAAAGGUGUUAUUGCAACUACUGAUUUGGUUGAAGCUUGCACUGGUGUAAACAUAGCCAUUAUGUUAGGCGGUUUUCCAAGAAAAGAGGGGAUGGAAAGGAAAGAAGUGAUGUCAAAAAAUGUUGCCAUUUACAAAGAUCAAGCUUCAGCUUUAGAGCAGUGCGCAGCUAAGAAUUGUAAGGUGCUUGUUGUUGCUAACCCAGCUAACACUAAUGCUCUCAUUCUAAAAGAAUUCGCCCCUUCGAUCCCUGCAAAGAACAUCACUUGUCUUACACGGCUCGAUCAUAAUAGAGCCCUUGGUCAAAUCGCAGAGAGGUUGAACAUGCACGCAAGCGAGGUAAAGAAUGUAAUUAUAUGGGGCAACCAUUCUUCUACUCAGUACCCUGACAUCAAUCAUGCAACUGUGAUAACUCAAGAGGGAGAGAAAUCGGUUCGAGAAAUUAUUGCCAACGAUAAAUGGUUAAGUGGAGAAUUUAUCACUAUCAUACGGCAACGUGGUGCAGCUAUUAUUCGAGCACGCAAGUUAUCCAGCGCAUUGUCUGCUGCUAGCGCUGCUUGUGAUCACAUGCAUGAUUGGCUUUUAGGCACUCCUAAGGGGACAUGGGUAUCAAUGGGUGUGUGCUCUGAUGGGUCUUAUGGCAUUCCUCCUGGGCUUAUCUACUCCUUUCCUGUUAGUUGUGAAAAGGGAGAGUGGUCUAUUGUACAAGGAAAUAAUUCUGAUGUAAUCUUUUCUGGUUCAAGGUUGAUUUGUGUUGCACUCACUGAUGAAUAUGCAAUAAUCUAUUGGUAUUUAUAAUGGGCAAAGACUAAAGUGCAUGCCUGGUGUUGAACGUCUAAUCAAAACCUGUUUAUUUCCCAGUUCUUUUACAAUCCUGAUAUUGCAACCUGGUCCCUAAUUUUUUAUGUAACACACUUAAUUCCGUGAUCUUCUUCAUCUGUUCCAAUCUGAUCCUUAAGCUACUAAGUGAGUGUUUGAAAAAUGACCUUUUAAUCCUAUAUCAUGUAGACAAACAAGAAUGUCGUUUCAUAAAUACGAAAACUAGUCAUAUUAUGGGAAAAUUUUCAAUUUGUUUCCGCAACAAGGUAUGAAACUACACUCUGCAAUUGUACUGAGAUUGUUUUCUCGAAAAGUUGAAGAGCCAAUUAGUUGCAGUAUCUUGAUGACAAAUGGACUACCCAUGCAUUUUACCUUUGCAAAUUACAUGGAUUUAUCUAUCAUUCAGUAAUUUUACUCGCUGAAGUUCUUUGACAGGUCUUAAAAUCGAUGAUUUCUCUCGUUCAAAAAUGGAGGCCUCAACAAAUGAGCUCCUUGAAGAGAAGUCUCUAGCUUACUCUUGCCUUUCCUGAUGUCUUUCACUCACUUUCAGUGGUGAGAUGGCGAAAAUAGAUUAAUUGUAAAUAUAUAAGCAAUAGGAGAUGGUUUGUACAUGAAAGGAAAAUUUCAUUGUCAAUAAAUAGGCUAGAGCAAGGUUUUAAGUGCCUGUUGGCACGGGCCGUAUCCACCGUGCCAAUAAGAUACCGGCACGAUACAGACCCCG